AAUUUUCAAUUGGAGAUGUAGUUUUUCAACUUAAUUUUUUAUUAAAAUUCUUUGAAAUCAUCGUUUUUGAGAGAAAGAAAGAAAUUGUUCUUUCAACGAAAUGUAAAAAAAAAAAAAAAUAACUGCGAGUUUAAAACGUCGUUGCUUCGGGAACUUUUUCGGUACAUCAAAGCCAACGUGGCUUCGAUUUCUUUAUGCAGUAAAAAUAUUUUUUAAAUUUUUUGACGUGUUGAAGUUUUUGCUAUUUUUGUUCGAAAUUAUUCGAGACACCCCACUAGUAAAUGAGUGAAUACCUUUAUAUUUAGUGCUUCAAAAGUCCCUCCCUUUCUUAAGAGGUUUUCAAAAGUAAAAAAUUUGAACUCUUAUAGAAAAUUUCUUAUAGCUGCAACAUGACUGCAGAUUAUCGAAUGCUUGGCAGACCAGCAACUGAUGGUUAUCGGCCGCCAUCAACAAACCGUCAAUCUUUUGUUUGCUUAGUAGUUGGUCUUUUGGUAGGAUUCUGUUUUGCUGAAUUGUUCUUUUUAUCCGCAGAACAACGGCCAGAAUGGUUGCCAUAUUCUGGACGAAAAAUUGGUCAAAAUUCUUUCGACGACGUUGUCGAAAAAGAAGUUUCUGACUUUAAAUUCGGAGACCAUACACAUUCAACUGAGAAUAGUUCGUUAGCCAAUCAGUUGUACAAUGAAGUGCGAAUUCUGUGCUGGGUAAUGACCCAACCGGCUAAUCAUCAAAAGAAAGCGAAACAUGUCCAACGAACUUGGGGCAAACGCUGUAAUAAGGUUGUUUUUAUGAGCUCCCAAGAAGAUCCAGAACUAGGUUCUGUAGCUUUGCCAGUUAAAGAAGGACGUAAUAAUCUUUGGGCUAAAACAAAAGAAGCCUUUAAGUAUGUCUAUAAGAAUCAUUUCGAUGAAGCUGAUUGGUUUUUGAAGGCUGACGAUGAUACCUAUGUGAUUGUGGAGAAUUUACGUUAUAUGCUUUAUCCAUAUAACCCAGAUGACUCAAUUUACUUUGGUUGUAAAUUUAAGCCUUAUGUUAAACAGGGUUACAUGUCUGGUGGAGCUGGAUAUGUUCUUAGUAAAGAAGCUCUGCGUUUAUUUGUAGAAAAAGGUCUUACACAUCCUGAAUUGUGUAGACCUUCUAAUAAUGGUCCUGAAGAUGUUGAAAUGGGAAAAUGUAUGGAGAAUGUUGGUGUUUUUGCUGGAGAUUCAAGAGACACUAAUGGACGGGGGAGAUUCUUUCCAUUUAUACCCGAAGAUCAUUUAGUACCGAAACCUAAAGAAUUAACUCCCUGGUACUGGAAUUAUAUAUUUUAUAAGACUGAUGAGGGCCUCGACUGUUGCUCAGACCACGCUAUUUCGUUCCAUUAUGUUGAACCAAAAGAUAUGUACGUCCUUGAUUAUUUAAUUUACCAUCUUCGGCCAUUUGGUAAGACUUAUUCACCCGAUGUCCUACCGCCAAAAAUCACAAGAGAUGAAUAUAUAUAUGGAUUAAAAUCGAAUAAAACUGAUGUUAAGACAACAACAACUUUUAUAAAUCCAAAAUUUAGAUUAAAACACAAAAAUUUAACAAAUUGAAGCCUCAAAACAUUGAGAAAAUCCACAAAUCGCAACAAAUACAAUUACUAUCAAAUUGAAAUUAAAUUAAAGUGUGAAAUUUAGCAAAUAAGUGUGACUGUACAUUUGUGUACACUAUUAUUUU